GGCGUUGGUGGAAUGAAUGCCCCUCUAUGACGCUGACGUAUAGUUGACGCCAAAGGUAUCCAUCGUGCUUGCUGAUCAUCUCCCCGCUCAGACGGAACGAAAACAGACCACCGCAGAGCUGCAGCAGAUCAGAUCGGGAGGCUGAGGCAGGAGCCGCAUCUGAGAUGCUGGACUGAACUCCGGUGCCUACCAUUGGCAGCGACGCCCAAAAGACGGCAGUGACAAUUACCUCCUAUGUCCACGGCCACGAAUGCCGGUCUCCAGCUUUUGCGGGAAUCGCUCGGCCUUCCUCUCGUUUGGCAAAGAAAUGCGUCGACACAUUGAACUGAUCCGCGUCGUGGAAGAUCGCGCCAUUUACCUGAAAUGUCUUGCAUCUGUGCUCCACUUCGGGCCGGGCAACGCAAGCUUGUUGAAGGCGUUUCUGUGACUCCGCGUACUGCUCGAGAAUUGCUGUUCAUCGAUUGUUGGGCGCAUUGAGACCCGCUAGUCGAUUUUGAGCGACCCGUAUAUCCUAUGUACAAACACCCAGCAGGCGAAGAAGCCGAUGGAGCCACUAAGCAGGAACCACAGGAAACUCAGCAAUAUUGAGUACCCCAGAAAUAGUAGUCCUCCGGUGAAGCUGCUGAAGCUGAGCAUCCUGGCCCAGUACAGAAGGCUGUAGGCGAAUACGUAUCCGGCACUAGAUCCACUGCUUGCGAAGGCUCUCCAUUGCCAGUGGUAAUUCUCGGAGCAGAGCAGG